GAUAAUUAAAUAUUUUUUUUACAUUCUCUAUAGAAUAAAGAAUUAAUCUGAGCUCGUGAUAUUGAAUCAUGUGAUGAAGGCCUGAACUAAAUCAUGGUCUCGUGAUUGACGUUAAAUAAUUCAAAUUUUAAGAAACGCGUCGAAUGUUUCCACAUUAUUUUUAAUUUCAAAACCUCUCGAUCUUGGAAACGAAUGAGAGUUGGGGCGUUAACUUCUUAGAACAAUAAAUUUUAAUGUUUUUUUAAAUUUAGUACAAUUGAUACCCACACUGUUUUACCAUCUUCCGUUAUAUAUUCCUUUAUUAUCAUAUCAUACUUGCACGCGCAAAAUCGUGAAAUGGCGCGACUGCCGAAAGAUCGCUGCGAAAUAAAUUAAUUAUAGAAUAGACGUUGUCGGUUUCACUCAUAACCCUAUUUUAUUCUGAUUUGUAUCACAACUCCUCGAGAUGUCAAAGCCGGUGCAAUUGCGAAAAAUGUUUUAUCACGUUUGGUAAUGAAAUAUAUCUUAUCAUAAGUAACCAUUUAUAUUUGUAUUUGAUUUUUCAAAUAAAAAACGUGUGAUUUGACGGAGUCACGAGAAAAAGAGGAUGCUAAUUCGUAUCACAUGAGACCUUAACAUCGUGUAAACGAUGAGUUCUUUGUUGAGACGCAGUUGGUACUUGGCCACAAAUAAACUGUCAGAAUUACACAGAAAUCCAAUAAAUUGGAGGGCUCAACAGAGUUAUGCAGCUGCAACUGCUACUGUCAAUUCCAGUAACGAAACUCAUCGGGUAAUUUGUUGCUUUCUCCACAUGCAAGUUGAAGAAAUGAAUCCUUCCGAUGGUGUCGUACCAGUAUUCAAACGAGCAAUUCAGUAUGGAGAGCGAACAGCUUUACGAGAUGUUCAAGGAGAUUAUACGUAUCGAGGCUUAUUCCUGAGUUCUCGUCAAUUUUCCAAUUACUUGAGUAAAAUUCUUGACGGAGCGCAUCAAGAGAGAGUAGCAUUUUUGUUGCCUAAUAAUGCAAGUUAUGUUAUUGUACAAUGGGCAUGUUGGAUGAGCGGUCAAAUCGCGGUUCCGUUGAGCGUAUCGAGUCCCAGAGCACUUCUGGAUUACUACAUAAAGGAUUCUGAUGUUCGAAUCAUUGUAACGACAAGUGAAAAUGCUCCCCUACUGGAACCUCUGAUUGCAAACACAAAUCGUCGAUUGGUCAUAUUUGACGAAGCUCUCAGAGUUCUUGCAAUGAAACCCGAUGGUAAAACAGCCAACAAUAGAACGACAGUUGACAGUACUGACACGAGUGAUAGCAUUGAAACUGCUCUGAAGGAUGAUUUUUAUGCGUCGAAUGACGCAUUAUUCAUUUACACUUCGGGUACAACUGGCAAACCAAAAGCCGUUGUUCUCACUCACAAAAAUCUUUACUCGCAAAUAAAUUCGCUGGUAACAGCCUGGAAAUGGACAGAAAAAGACAACGUUCUCCACACUCUACCGCUCAAUCACAUACACGGUCUUGUCAACGUUCUCCUCUGUCCGCUCUAUGUUGGAGCACGCUGUGUUAUGUUACCAAAAUUUGAAACUUCGAGUGUCUGGACACAAUUGCUUGGUAUUAAUAUUCAAAAUAUUGACCGUGUCAACAUGUACAUGGCUGUACCCACGAUCUACAUGAGACUUAUUCAAGAAUACGACAUUAUAUUUAGCAAGAAUGCCAAAUUCAAGGAAUAUGUUCGUUCCAUGUGCACCAGUAAAAUAAGAUUAAUGGUCAGUGGCUCGUCGCCACUCCCAAAACCGAUAUUCGACAGGUGGGAAGAAAUAACGGGACACCGUUUGUUGGAGCGAUACGGUAUGACGGAAACUGGUAUGGUGCUCUCGAAUCCUCUCGAAGGUGAACGUAUUCCAGGCACCGUUGGGACACCUUUGCCCGGUGUCCAAGUCAGAAUAACGAAACGCGACCCCAACACCAAAAAGACACAAAUCCUUGUACAAGGGGACGCAAAAGGAACUCGGCAAGUUACAAAAACCAAUGACCCCCCAAGUGGCAAUCUCGAAGUUAAAGGGGGCUCCGUCUUUCGAGAAUAUUGGAACAAACCCGAGGAAACGACUAAAGAAUUCACGAGCGAUGGAUGGUUCAAAACAGGCGAUACUGUGCAGUACGAAUCGGGAGUAUACAGUAUUUUGGGACGCAGUUCCGUUGACAUUAUAAAAACUGGUGGAUUCAAAGUUAGUGCAUUGCAAGUAGAGACGGCGAUACUAGGUCACCCGGAAAUCGUGGAUUGUGCAGUCGUUGGAAUUGCCGACGAGACGUGGGGUCAAAAAGUGGCAGCGAUCGUCGUUGUGAGAGAAGGCUCAGAAAUUAUUUUGUCACAAUUGCGAGAAUUUGGAAAGAAGACACUGCCUGAACAUGCGGUGCCAACAGUACUGCGAGUAGUUGACAAGAUCCCCAAGAACAGCAUGGGCAAAGUGAACAAGCCGGAACUCUUAAACUCUAUUUUUUCCAAUGAUCAAACAUAAUGUCCAAAGAGAAUUGGAAGCCUGAUGAAAUUCUACAAUUGAGGAAAGAAAGCAACAAGCAGCCUACCGAACAAAACGUAUGUCCGAAUAUUCUCAGUCAAUUCGUAAGGAAGAAAAAAAAAUUGCUAAAUUAGCACAAACUUUCGAAUUUCUCACGAGUCAUUUUAUUUUUCUUUCAUAUUUUAUUAUUUGUUAAUAAUAUUAUUUAUAAUAACAGUAGUUGAUAAACCCGAGAGUGUUUGAGAUUGAGCGAGAACAUUUUUUGUGAAAUUUUAAUGUGCCGAAUCAUUGAUGCUUGUAAGAAAAAAAACAGACACGUGUAUGACGAAUUGACGAAUAAACGAAUAAUUCAAUAACCGGA